AUGUCAGACCAUCUCACGCGAAGGCUUCUCCGGACACAGAGGAGUUGGCUUUCCAUUACCCAAGUAUGUACGUACUGGCGUAGUCUCAUUACGAACAAUCCGGCAUUCUGGACGAACCUCAAGCUCAGAGCGUUCUUCAACAGACAACUGGCGGCGGCGUUCCUUCGUCGAGCCGAGAACCGCCUCAUUGACCUCAGGUAUCAGGGCAGCGGGAACCCCCCGAAUCGCGACCCGCUGCUCAUUGCCAGCUUCAUCGAUUCUCACACUAGUCGGAUCAAGGGGUUGUCGAUUGUCCAACUGGACCACGAGGAGACCGAAGUCAUGUUGCGGCGACUGUGCACGCCGGCGUUGAGGCUUCAGACCCUCGAGAUCUCAGCAGUCAGAAGAAGAACAGUGCUGUACCCCAUCUUCACCGGCAUACUUCCCGCGCUGCAAGACUUCCGUAUGACAGGCUUGUGCACUGCGCUGCCGCAAAGCUCAAGCAUGCGUGUUCUCAUCCUCGAAAGCAGUCACAUGAUGCGGUCGUUCGGGUGGAUACUGGAAUGUCUGCAUGAGAUGCCUUUCCUUGAGGUCCUUCACGUGAAUCAAUUGACUCAAUAUCCCUACACUCUGCCGCAGGACCCGACGCACAUCCUUCCUGUACAGCUAGCGCGGCUGAAAUCCUUUGCCUGGACAUCUUGGAUCCCCAAAGACCUCACCGCUGUGCUUGAGUACAUCGUCUUUCCUCCGACGGCAAAUGUGAAGCUUCACUUUUGCUAUUUGUCCAUCCCGCUCACUAUCGCACUCCACGACAAGUCGGUCUCCUUGCAGACGAUAGCUUCUCGUGUUCCAGCGGCAAUAUUGAUUGUGAGCAAGGACCCAAAGUACGCAACUGCAAUACUGCAGUCAGCCGAUCACCAACUGGAGCUUCAGUGGUCAUGGCGUGAAGGUCAGCCUGGUGCAGCGAGUGCUCGUCCAUUCGAGCGCAUCACCUUCAACGCGCUCUUGUUCCUAUCUCUGCGGCAGCUUAGCGUUCAUAGUCUGCGGCGCGAACUCAAGGAGACUGACUGGGCGAAUAUUCUUGAGAGCCUCUACAGCCUGGAGACGCUCGAUGUCGGUGCAAAUGUCAUGACCGUGCGUCAUCUUGGGGCCGCACUGUCCCCAUCAGACCACGCUGUAACAUCCUCGGUGUAUUUGUGUGUCCAGCUCAAACAUCUGAAGAUCGUUCAUCUGCAACGAGGUGAACGAUGUCUCCACGAGCUGCUCUCCUCGCUCAUGAGGCGCUCACGCGUGGGCUUGAAACUGCGAUCGCUCGCGCUCGCGCUACCGAAGGACGGGGAACUUGUGUCCCACCCUCAGUCGAUUCUGCGUGCGAUCGCCGACGAGGUCAAAGUACAGUACCACACGCUGCAUCCUCAGCGAUACUCCUGGCAGCCUACUUCGUAA